AUGGAUGCCAUGGACAGCGACAUUCAUCAAGAUGAGGACUGCCCCAUGGCUGGCUACACGGCAUCGGUGUCAGCAUUGCGGGCGCCAUUCAUAGCGGACAGCAGCACGGCAGGUGGAUGGAAUCGUGAGGAGGAGGAGGAGUAUUUGUCGUCAGAUGCCCAGGACAUUUGGAAAGGAGCUGUCGGAGGGGUGCCCGUGCACGAGCGCAGCGUUAUAGCCCAAGAAUGUGUGGUUGGUGAAAAGAAAAAGAUUGCGCCCUUGCAGAUGUUGAAGGGUAUGGCCCGCAUUGAUCAGAGGCUCAUCCAGAACCGUCUAAGCCAUUUGGCAGACGGAGAAUAUGACGUCAAUGGCGACAUCAUCCGACCCCGAGGCUUUCGUCAGAGCACCAUGGCCGCCAUGGCCGUGGAAGUGGAAGAGGUGGUUUCCAGCUGUAGCUUCCGGCGCCGCAACAUGACUGCUGUGACCAACGCCAAGGUGGCGUCUUAUGCCAUCUCUGUGGCAGAGGAAGGGCGUUUGCCUCUGAAGUGCCCUGAGUGUGCGUUGCACUGGGAUGAGGAGGUCUACCUCAAUUCCCUGGGCGAAGAGUUGCCCCGCUUCCAGCGAGCGAAGCAGCUCCAGGAAGAACUGGUCGCGAGGAGCACCGUGCCAGCCUCUCCAGUCUCUCCUCGCACGCAGGAGGUGCUGGCGCGGUAUGGCAUACGACAGUGUCCGCAAUGCCAUGUGAUGAUACAGAAGCAGGCAGAUGGCCUCUUUACUGGAUGUGACAAAAUGACGUGCCGCUGCGGCUGCAUGUUUUGCUUCAAGUGCGGCCGGGAGGCUAGGGGCGGUGUGGCACGUUGCCGUUGCGUUGGACCGCAGCACAGCUACAUCCCACGCAGCGCGGUGUUGAGCAACUACCAGGGCGCGUGGAUUCUGCAAUCGCCUUUGGAUAUGGAUUUGACCAAAAGGCCCAAGGGACGCUCAAAGGCGGCCAGUGCCCGCUUGCAGCGCGAAGCCAAGUCCUUGGACAAGGACCCGCCGCCGUUUAUCCGGGUUGCACAUGAAGCCGGAGAGUUCCGGUGGCAUUUCCUGAUGCAGGGCCCUGGUGAUACACCCUUUGAGGGUGGCGUCUAUUGGGGCGAGCUGGAUUUCCCCAAGGACUACCCCUACAGCCCGCCGCUGGUGCGCUUUCGGACACCCAACGGACGGUUCCAGGUGGAUAGCUGGCUUUGCCGCACUCAAAUGGACUACCAUCCAGAGGGCUGGCAACCAGCAUGGACUCUGAGUGGCUUUCUGCUGGCCUUGCUGACCUUGCUUUGUGCUGGAAACGAUUCCUUCACUAGUGGCAUGGUGCAACCCUCCACCACCGAUGCCGAAAAGCGCACUUUGGCAGAGGCUUCCGGCACCUUCAACGCCCAACAUCCGGAGUUCCCCAAAGAGCUGUUCAAGUCAUGA